AUCUUAUUAAAAGGAAGAGGGAAAGGGAAAAACAAAACAUCACCAUCUUCAGAGUAAAAACUCUGACAGAGAAUUGUUGAAGCACAUAAUUCUACAAGAAUCAGAAGAACUGACCAAAAGAAUAAAAUGCCAUAUUAAAGAAGAGAAGCAUACAACAGCUAUUCAUAGCUAUUUCUGCAAGGUCAUCAUCCAGGGACCUCAAUCCGGUCUUAGCUCUAUGUGCCAUAGGACUUCAGUCAAAAAGGAAUUCCCUUCUGUUGAACAGUAUCAAAGGCACCAGUCGGUCCAAUUGCACCUUGAGACAGGCAACUGAACAGCAGGCCAAGAGAUUAUGUCAAACCCGGACAUAAAAAUGGAGGAAACUAAAAGCCUCAGUCUAGAAGAGGAUUUUGAAGGCCAGGCCACACACACAGGCCCCAAAGGAGUUAUCAAUGAUUGGAGAAAGUUUAAGUUGGAAAGUGAAGAUGGUGAUUCAAUCCCACCUAAUAAGAAGGAAAUUCUCAGACAAAUGUCUUCUCCUCAAUGUCGAGAUGAUAAGGACACAAAAGACAGAUUCAGCAGAAAGAUGAGUGUGCAAGAAUAUGAACUCAUCCACCAGGACAAAGAGGAUGAGGACUGUCUCCGUAAAUACCGUAAACAAUGCAUGCAAGACAUGCACCAGAAGCUAAGCUUUGGACCCAGGUAUGGGUUUGUGAUUGAGCUAGAGAGUGGAGAGCAGUUCUUGGAAGCCAUUGAGAAGGAACAGAAGAUCACCACGGUCAUCGUUCACAUCUAUGAAGAUGGCAUCAAGGGCUGUGAGGCCCUGAACAAUAGCUUAAAUUGCCUUGCUGUAGAAUACUCUAUGGUAAAAUUUUGUAAAAUCAAAGCUUCUAACACAGGCGCUGGGGACCGCUUCUCCUCAGAUGUGCUUCCUACAUUGCUGGUCUACAAGGGUGGGGAGCUUAUCAGCAAUUUCAUCAGUGUCACUGAGCAGUUUGCUGAAGAUUUUUUUGCUGUCGAUGUUGAGUCUUUUCUUAAUGAGUAUGGGUUACUUCCCGAAAGGGAGAUCCAUGCACUGGAGCAGGCUAGCAUGGAAGAUGAAGAUAUUGAAUAGUUUGAGGCAUAAUAUUUCAAUAUCUUCGAUUUCUCCUUUUUAUAUUGCAAAGAGAGCUCCUUUCCUUUCUUUUGUCUUUUUUUUUUUAGAAAAAUCUGCAUGUGUUAAUUGCUUCUCUAACAUGUAAAAACCUAACACAAUAAGUAAAUACCUAGAUUAUGUAGAUUUCAUAGCUUUGAACAUGUCAGCUUUCUUUUCAAAUCAAUAAUAUUACCCCUUACUAUGUGGGUUAGGAUGUAGCCUUCAGCAAUGUUAUAAACAGAUUAAGAGAGAACUAAUGAUAUUUUGACAUUUUGGACAGAAUCAAUUUUCCUUUUCCGAAUUAAAAAAAAAAUCUCUGGCCUUUUUCCCUUUGGUUCUGUCCUCAGAAUUAUUGUUUGAGAACUCACUAUAUUCUGCUUAUGU